GCAUUUCCAGCGGACAUUUUCUCUUUGGCCGUCCAACCCUCCCCGAAUUUCACAAUAAUUCAUUAGUCAUUACAGUAUCAUAAUUAUAAUACAUUGUAUACACCGUCCGACGGUGUUGUAAUGUAAUAAUCGUUAUACACUUAUAAGUUACAACUUAUCGUCGCGAUUGACGCUAUAGGAACGCGUUUUUGGCGAUCACGUUUUUCCCCUUUUUCGUUUGCUCCACUCACGAGUACAUUAUAAUAUAGCAUAGUCUUGAACAUUAUAUAAUAUACUUUUAUAGAAUACUUGUACGCGCAAUAGAAUACAUCGCAACAACACAAUAGCAAUAUACAUCCCGUGACGAGUGCAGUCAAGCCAACACAUUCCGGCCGAAGUACAUCACUAAGACAAUAAGAAUAUGGCAACAAAUUGGUGGAAAAUAAUGGUCUUGCAAAUAUUGAUAACUACUGUAAUCUGUUCAACUGGAUUGGAGCUUGGCGAUGAUUCAAAAUUAUCAAAUGAAAAUAUGAUAUCGUUAUUUAAACAGUUUUUAGAGGAUAUAAAUAAUCAACAUGCUGUUAAAGAGAAUGAUAAAGUAGAGAAAAUAAAAGAUUUUUAUCAACCAUCAAAAUUGACAUCAUUAAAUGGCAAAUAUUUUGACAAAUUCACAGAAAAUGAAUUUAAAAAUGAGGAUUUACAGCAAUCAACAUUUGAAAACCUCCAAAAUAUGAAAAGUAUUGAUCAUUUUAACAAGAAAAAAGAUAAAACAAAUUUAUGUUAUUUUAAGAUUUGCAACAAAAAAAAAUCUGUAGACGACUAUGACAAAUUCAUCCGUUAUGUGACAAAAAGAUAUUAUAAUCCACAACAGUUUUAAAUUAUCAAUUUUUGAUUUUAUUGGAAAAAAAUAAAUUUUAAGUAAAUGUAUUAUUCCAAUAAAAUAAUGACGUUAAUAAUAAGUAGUUUAAUAGAGUGAAGAUUCACUUAUCAUAAUUCAUUAAUUAUAUUAUUAUUAUUAUUAUUAUUCAUACUUAUAUACAAAUAAUUAAAACAUAGUAAAUAUUUAAU